UCGAAGAAACACAAAAAAAAAAUAUAAAAAAAAAAAUUUAUUUACUUUUUUUUUUAAUACCAAAAAAUUUUUAUUGAAAAAAUUUUUGAAUGGUGGAGGGCCGAAAAAUGAGAAAAUAAAAAAAAAGAAAACUAUAAUAGAAAAAAAAAUCUUCCGAAAAAAAAACACAAAACAGAAGAAGUGAAGUUUUUUUUUGUGCAAUUUAAGAGCCAGUCGAGUUUUUGCUUUGAUGGCGAUGUGGUCAUAAAUAUACAUAUUAGUGUUUUUUUUUUAUAUACACAACUUUUGAUUUAAUAAAAAAAUAGAAAAACACAAAAAUAAAAAAAACAGAGUGCCGUUUAAACGAGAAGAGGUUGGAAAUAUUUUUGCCUUUUUUUUUCCUUUGCUGCAUUCUUUAAUUAUUAUUGUCAUUACUUUGGUAAUUUUUUCUGGUUUUUUAUGGAAAAAAUUUCAAAAAUAAAUAAAAGAAAAAAAAAACAAGGAAAAUCAAAAUAUAAAAUAAAAAUUAUAAACAAAAAUUUGAAAGUAAAAAAAAAAAUAAAUCGGUGUUUUUCGAAUUAACUUUUAAAUUUCAAUUUGCGGUUCUACAAAAAAAAUUUUUUCAAACAAUUUUUUGAAUUAAAAUCAGAAUUAUUGUGUUAUUUACCUAAAAAUAAAUAAAUUAUAACACGAAAAACCUACUAAGAUAUUAAAAUUAAAAAAAAAAAUAAAAAUUAUUUUUACCCACGUUGUUCAUAAUUAGAAAAAUUUUGUGUGUUCCCGGAUGACGGACAACAAAGCACAAGGCAAUAAUAUUGUAAUCGAAUCGAAAAGAAUUAAAAAAUCAAAAAAAAAAAGCAAAGUACCGGUAUUUAAAAAGUGAGUAAAAACAUAUUGAAAGAAAACAAAAAAAUAAAACUCACCAUACGCGCACCACCCCGUCGGAUAAAUGUGACAUUUUAGGUGGUGUUUUGAAUGAAUUUCGUUUUUUUAUUUUAAUUAUUUUUAUUGAAUUUUGAAUUUUUAUUAAACAAUUUAACUAUUAUAAUCGGAAUUUUGAAGUAUAACAAUGUAUAAUAUUAUAAAUAAUUAAAAUAAAAAAAUAAUUUGUCAAAAUAUUUUGAAUUACAAAAAAAAAUAUAAUUUACACAUGUUGAAUUUUUUUAUGUGAGAAUGCCCGCCCGGUGUGUGUAAAUAAAUUAGUGCAUGCGAAAAAUUUAUUUAAUAAUAAUUAUAAUCUAAUUUUAAAAAUACAAAAUGUAUUAAAAAUUGAUUCACCUUUUUUAAUUUAAAAAAAAAAAGAAAAUUAUCAAAAAUUCUGAAUAAGGAAUAAAAAAAAAAAUUUCAAUCUGAGUACUAAACCGAAUUCAUGUGAAAUUUAAUUCAAUUUACCGAUAAUUUCAAUUAAAAAUAAAUUUUAUAAAUAAAACAGUAAUUAAUUACGGAUUCCCAUUCAAUGAAAUUUAAAAAUAAAAAUACAAGUGAAAUUUUAAAAAUAAAACGUGGUUAUUUAAUUUUAUUGCCAACAAAUAAUAAGAUUAUUAUUCCGUGUAUUAAUUCUAAUUUAAAUAAAUUAAAAUUUUGAAGAAUUAUUAAAAAUAUUUACCUAUCAAUAAUUAUUUUAUUGGAUUAAUUAACAACAUACAUACAUACAUACAUAAGCAUUAAUGGUGAAUAGUAGGAAGCAGAGUUUUAUUUUUAAAAAAAAAGGAACAAACUGAGUGAAAUUGAAAUUUUGAGCUGUUUGAAAACAUAAAUUAAAAAAUUUUACUAAUAAAAAAUUUUGAAUUAAAAAAAAAAUAAUAAAACAAAAAAAUAGCGUGGCCUUAUCCAAAUUUUUUAAAUAUAAAAAAAAUUAAAUAAAAAAAAUCAUAAUAGUUGAGCAACAGCAAGCAAAAGUGUAUGUAAAAGAAAAAGAAAGAAAAAUUAAAAAAAAAAAAUUACAAGGAGAGAAAAACUCCUCAACAAAGGAUAAAGGAUUAAAGUGCCUUAUUUUGUUGUUGUUUUUUUUAUUAUUAUUUUCCAAGAAAAAAAAAUAACAAAAUAUUUUUGUUAUUUUUUUUUUUUUUUGCUUUUAAUUUUAAUUUUUUUCCUGUGUACUUAUUUUUUUUAGUGAAAAUUACUCAGCUCAUAUUGCUAAAAAAAAUUUUGCAAGGUGUUUAAAAUAAAAUUUUUUAAAACAAGAAAGAAAAAAAAAAACAAUAUUUUUAAAAUAUUUCGGGAGAAAAAAAUAAUUUUCAUCAUUUUAUUUAAAAAAAAAAAAAUAAAUUUAAUUUUCUGUGCUCUAAACCCAAACAAUUUUAUUCAAACUGAAUUUUAAAAUUAACAAAAAAAAAAAAAUAUAAUUUGAAAAAUUAAAAAAAAAAAAAUUUCCUUUUUAAUAAAAAAAAAACUCUAUAAAAAUUAUCACACUGGAAGGUCGUACUAUUGAAUACCGGCCCGGUGGUGGGCUGGAUUAUCACAAUUCUCCAUUAAUGGCUGAAAUACCAGGUGGUGAUUAUUUACAUCGUUCAAUUGAUCAAUUAAGAUCAAUGAAUGAACGUGGUGUAUUAGGUCCAUUAGGACAUUUAACAUCAAGUGAUUUACGUGCAACAUUAGUACACGAUUAUAAACCAUUUAAUAUAACUGAUUUAAGACAAAAUGUUGAAAGAUUAGAUUAUGCUGUUAAAAAUAGUGUUUUAGAUAGACAUAUUUUAAAUAGCAAUGCUAGUCAACAGCAACAGCAACAACAACAACAACAGCAGCAGCAGCAACAACAACAGCAUAAUGGUAAUAUUAAUGGUGGACAACAACAACAACAAAAUAAUGAACAAGAUCAACAACAAUCUCAACAACAACAACAACAGCAACAAGAUAUGAAACAAUCAUAUAGUAAUCCAUCGACACCAACAAGUCCAUUAUCAGAAGGUCAUAUGCAAGAUACUAAGGUGAGUCAUUUAAUUCAUGUACAUACAACAAUUUAAUUUGCUAUUCAAAAACGAAAAACAAAAUUUAAUUUUUUUAAUUUAAGAAAGAAAUGAGUAAGUUAUGAGAUCAUUUAAUAAAUUUUCUCUUAUUUGUGAUUCUUUUUUUUUUUUUAUUAUUAUAAAAUAUUUUAUCUGCAUAAUUAAAUAUUCAAUAUUUUUAAAAUUUUAUUUUUAUUAUAGAUUAUUUAAAUUAUAGAUUUGUUUCUUUUUUCGUUCUUCUUAAUAUUUUAAUAAUUUACAUUUUUUUUUAUA